CAUGGAAUCGUGAUGAAUGCUGCCUCCGAUAUAGUUGUUGUAGUCUCCCCAACGCGUCCCCAUCCAUCUCAAGCACUUCCUUGCUCUUGUCUGUUACAGGCUCUGGCUCUGUUUUGAGACAACAUCUCACCAACUACCCUACUCUACAACUGUACACCACCUUUCAAUCCAUCAACAGUACUGCCAUCAGCCUAGAGAUCAGUGGCACUUCUCAUACAAGCCGGGGAUCAGCCAAUUGCCAUCACCAUCCCGACAGCCGUAGCACAGGCGAGAAAAAUUGCCGCAGUCCAGGCCGCCGUCCAGGGGUUACAUAAUCACUGGGAUCGGAAACUCUUAUCGACGAUCGGGGGGCUCAGAGCACCCGCGUCGCCGCCGGCUAAGCCCACUCUGCACCCAACUUGAAGGCUACCAGGCCUAAGGAGCCACCCUGCCACUGGCCGAGUGCCCAGUUCCUAGUUACUCCUGCUACUGCUGGUAGGGGUAGUCGUCGUCGUGUCAGUGACUGACGGUUACCCGAAGUCUUUCCCAAGACUUCUCCCUUCACAUCUGGCACCACUCUGCCGCCUCCUUCUGUCACUUCCUCCCUUUCUUUACUUAACACGUCAGCGGCUUCACGCUGUCUGCGCCAAACUCAGAGAUACACAGCGUCCCGAUCAUUAUUCGGUCUUGUUACCAUAAUUUGCGCCGUCGUUGCUUCGAGAUCGUUGUUACCAACCACCCCAAAUCAGCCAAACUCCGACCGCCGACGGGCCACCAUCAUGCACGCCACGACCACUCGUUGACCGCCUUGUACAAAACAUUACAUCGAUCCACCGCUCUCUCUCCCAACUCCUUUCUCCCCUUGUAACAACAGAAUAUGGCCUCCCCUCUCCCUCCCGACCCUUACGCAGCGUUGGGGGUUACCAAAGAUGCAGACAUCUCUGCUAUUCGCACCGCUCACCGCAAACUCGCCCUCAAGUUUCACCCGGACCGGAUCAAGGAUGAAGCACAGCGGGAGAGAGGCAAGGAUGAAUUUCAAAAGAUCCAACAGGCGUAUGAACUUCUCAGCGAUCCAGUCAAAAGAUCACGGUAUGAUGACAGGGUUCGGUUGGCCGAACUCCGUAGAGAAGCCAUGAUGAGAGAACCGGUAUCGAGAGAAGUGCCACCUACUCCCCAAAGCACUAGCAGAGCAUAUCCCAUGAGACCGGCACCUCGGCCCUCUCCGCAUACGACUCCUGCUCGAGAAUACCGCGAAGAGGGGAGUUAUUUCGAGGAAAUUCGCCAGCCCCGAAAUGCUCCUGCAUACGACUAUCGGGAUCCUUAUGAUGAAGCUCCUCCGCGAACCACCUCAAGAAAGUAUUCUGACUACGAAAGAAGAGCGCCUCCGCCUACAAAACCUGCCGAGAAGUCCAAGAAACCCUCAAAUGUCUGGCCUGGUGUGAUGGCGGCAGCUGCAGCUGCAAAGUUGAAGACCCAGGCAGAAAAGACGAGAAGCAGCAAGUCAGAGGAGAAGAUCCGGGAUCGGGAGAAGCGACGAGAACGGAGCGAAAAAGUACAAACCAGAAGAACAGCAUAUGUUGAGGACUCGGACUCUGAACCCAGCUAUCCGGAGAUUAGGCCUUCCCUCAAGACGGCAUCCCGCUCAAAAACCACUUCUCAUGUUGAACCCGCAUCUGAAGGGACCCGUGCGAGGGCCACGCGAGCCGGGAAAGUUCACGACCCCGACGAUGACUCCUUUGACCCCAAAUGGGAGAGACACCAUGAAGAGAGCAAGGCAUAUAUGGCGAAGGCAAAAGCAACCACCCGCCCGACUUUGGACCGAAACGGUUCAGACGCGUAUCAAUACUGGGUUGGAGAUUCACGAAAUGGCGGUCGCAGAAGUGGUAGCGAUAGUGAGAAGCGGCCAAACUCUGCCAAGGGACGCCGACCAUCGGUGGAAGAUUACUUUACGACGCCGUCCUUCUCGAAGUCCACUUCAUCUCCUAGCCAUCUACGUGCCCAUGUUGAGGAGCGUGCUCCGCCGAGAUCUUCAGCCGGGACGGGCCGUGACCGGGACUACGACCGAGUUUAUGACCGCGAACGCGACCGCGACCGUGACCGGGAGCGUGACCGGGAGCGUGAACGUGACCGGGAGCGUGAACGUGACCGGGAGCGUGAACGUGACCGGGAGCGUGAACGUGAACGUGACCGCGAUCGAGAUAGGGACCGAGGUGAUCGUGAUCAUCGGAGAAGAAUGCCGCCAAGUCUAGCUCGCUCUCAGACCGCACCAGUGCCCAAGCUUUCGACUAAAAAGGACAACGCUCCUAGUAAGGGUUCUAACCUCAAGCACGCCGAAACACAGAUGCACGAUUCGGGCUAUGGAAGCAGCCCCAGUCCUCGCACUCCAGAAAUGAGGGAGGAAAGCCCGCCCAGACCCCGACAGAGAUCCACGAAGUACCAGGUCCUGGAUCCAGUUGAUGGCGAUGAUUACUCACGGACACCGCGCGUGAACAAAAUCCAUGACGAUUAUGAUGAUCGUUAUUCCAGGAGAUACCAUCACAGCCCAGAGUCCAUCAUUCGAGAACCCCCUCCGCGAGACUUCGAUCGUCGCAAAGAACGACCUGAACGACCCAGGGUCGAGACAAGACCUUCCAAGUCUUCACGCGGUGCCACCCUGAUGGAAGAUUUUGUUCAGACCUCUCCUCCUAUUCGGCGAACAGAGUCAGGUCGAUACGAAGAUCGGGCCUCCCCACGGUCGCCGCGGGACACUCCGCCUGUCUCGCGUCACAACAGUGGCCGUGAGAAGCUAUUUGCGGAGAUAUCUCCUGAAGAGACCAGGUAUACUCGACCUUAUCCGGCUGACAAAGUGCACAUUACACCCCGGCGGGAGCCUCAAUACACAACAUACAUGCGCGAUGCCUCCGAUUACCGUGACGGCGAACAAUCGUCACGUUUCCGGGACCUCCCCAGAACGAGACGACCGUCUGUUAGCGUGGGAGGAUACUAACGACCAUUCUUUUUCUUUCGACUCGCUUUUUUGGCGUCUUCGGUGCUGGCUGUUUGAUCACCAUCUCUGAUCCUGUCUUGUUUAGAGCAUUAUGACAUUCUUUACAACAAACAUGACGUCUGCACAUACAUAUUCAGGACAUUCCUGUCACCUGCAUUCUGCAUUUUUAACUGGUUCAGAUACGGACUUCCCAUGGGUCAGGAAAUGGGAUAGCAUCGAUGGUGUUGUGGUCGGAAGUAGGAAGGAUGGAGAGACAUCAGUAAAUAUGGAUCCAAGGUCGAUUCAAAGAAGCAUAAUUCAGGUUGACAGGACGAUUCUGGUUCGUACAUAUGCGCAUACGGCUGGUUUACUCGGCCUGGAAGGCCAAGGGUGAUUGCACAGCCUAUAUUUGUCCUCGCAAGGACUUGACGACUAACGAAAUGCGAUGAACAUAAACAUGAAAUGCAUAUAUGCGUAUUUAAAGUUUUGGUCUCUGUAUCCACGAUUCUUC